GGAGCAUCAAACCCGGUCUCAAACGUUCUCCUGCUCAGAAAGAGAGGUGGGCAAAGAGAUCUUCCUCUCAAGACCAUCUUUGUGGGCCGACAGGUUGCAGAGACCCUGCAGGGGCCUGAGUCUGCAGAGUGGACGCGGACAGGGCAAUCCACACACUGGAUCUGGGGUUCAGGAAUAGGCGGCCGCCGGCCCGUGGCGCGAGACCACCUGUGAGGGCUGCUGAGAUUGGCGGAGGCGGUCAUGUGGGCGGUCACGUGCCGCGGCGAGCUCCGUCCAAAAGAAAAUGGGGUUUGGUGUAAAUCUGGGGGUGUAAUGUUAUCAUAUAUCACGCUACCUCGUAAAACCGACACUGAAAGCUGCCGGACAACAAAUCACAGGUCAAAAUUAUGAGUUCUUCGUAUUAUGUGAACGCGCUUUUUAGCAAAUAUACGGCGGGGGCUUCUCUCUUCCAAAAUGCCGAGCCGACUUCUUGCUCCUUUGCACCCAACUCGCAGAGAAGCGGCUACGGUCCAGGCGCCGGCGCCUUCGCCUCCACCGUGCCGGGCUUGUACAAUGUCAACACCCCCCUCUAUCAGAGCCCCUUCGCGUCUGGCUAUGGCCUGGGCGCCGACGCCUACAACCUGCCCUGCGCCUCCUACGACCAAAACAUCCCGGGGCUCUGCAGUGACCUCGCCAAAGGCGCCUGCGACAAGGCGGACGAGGGCGUGCUGCACGGCCCGGCCGAGGCCAGUUUCCGCAUCUACCCCUGGAUGCGCAGUUCAGUCUGCUUGUCUGUUUGUCUAUAUGUCCAAAUUUCUGCUCUCAGGACCCGACAGGAAGCGGGGACGCCAGACCUACACGCGCUACCAGACACUGGAGCUGGAGAAGGAGUUCCACUUCAACCGCUACCUGACUCGGCGCCGCCGCAUCGAGAUCGCUCACGCGCUCUGCCUCACCGAGCGCCAGAUCAAGAUCUGGUUCCAGAAUCGGCGCAUGAAGUGGAAGAAAGAGCAUAAAGAUGAGAGCCAGGCUCCCACUGCGGCCCCGGAAGACGCGGUGCCCUCCGUCUCCACGGCAGCUGCUGACAAGGCCGAUGAGGAGGACGAGGAGGAAGAGGAGGAGGAAGAGGAGGAAGAGGAAUAAAGGCCCAGGCCCAGGGCCCUGGCUGCACAGGACAGUCGGAAAAGCGUCUUUAAGAGACUCAUUGAUUGUAGUUACAAAAAUGGGGGGGAAUAAAGUGUAAAAAAAAAAAAAAGAGAAAGAGGGAAUCAAUCCCCACCCUCAUCCCACCCACUCCAUCACCCACUCUAGCUCCCAGGGGGAGAUUAGGUCACCUUGGGGACCCUUUCUGCCUCUGAGGACCCCCAGUAGAUACCCCCAACCCUGGGUCAGUGUUGUGCACUGGCACAGCCAAAAUACUACCUAGCACAGGCCUCCUUGAGAGGCACCCCCAAACUACCUAUGGUCCCGGUCCCAGGGGGCCACCACUCCUAAGAAGCUCCCUCUGCGUCCUAACAAGUGGCAGAUACCCAGCACCCGCCCCUCCCCAUCCCUGCAAAUACAUGAUCAGUACUACCUACUAGGCCUAAACUACCUAUUUCAUGCUGGCCAGCUUUCCUGCUUCUCCGUGCCCGCUCUUCCCAGGCCAGGCCUUGGUGCUUCUAGCCGACAGUCUUUGGGGUCACCGAGGCUUCACUAACAAGGCAAUGAGGUUCAGGGACCAGGGCAUUGGCUUCUAUUUAAAUUGAAAAAUAAUAUAUUUAUUCCAAAGCAUACCAAAUGCUGCAUCGUAGAAUCCCUCUUCCUCUGGCUUUGGUACCUGAAGUUCAGGGCCAUUGCCCUUCCUUCUGGAGGGAAGCAGUCCUGAUCUGGCUGCAGACCUCUGGAAUAGCUUUGGCUUUGUGGGACUAAGGAGAUGUUCCCAGCCUCACUGUCCCUUCCCUUGCUUCUGUGUCCUACUGUUCAGCCAUGUCAGAUAUGUAUACCCUGACUUUUCCUACCGAGGACAAAUGCUGUAUAUUUGAACCAGAUUGUUUUUGUCAUUUCUAUAAUCUUGGAGCUCAUUUGUAAAGGAAUGUCUUGACUUGGGAAGAUGUUUAAUUGGGUGACUUUGUAGCAUGGUGUGUUGUAUUGAACCAAUUCUGUAGCGGGUGAAAGAGAUCCAAUACCCACCCCGGUGCCCAUUGUCUCCCUUGUUGUCCCAUGUCCUCCUUAGACCCAGCCUGGGGUUCAGGGAAGGCAUGCUUCCCGGCCCAGUUACCUAUGUUUUAUGUAACAAUAAAGAUGCUUGGUGACAAAGAAA